AUGGUGGCUUCAGAUAGUUCGCACCUGUUGGGACAGGAGGAGGUCAGGGACACCGAGCCGGUUCUCGACGCCCCCGAUUCCGAUGAGGAAAUGACCACGAAUCGACCCCCCAUCCACCGGUCCGUUACGGACAGCCACUCGCAACAACCGCUACUUAAAGAUGAGCAACGGCGAUUCUCAAAUGCCAGCUUCGGUAAUGGUGCUGCUUCGGAAGGCAGGCCUAUGCUGCACCACCAUACCCGAAGGCCGACGGUUAGGAGUAGCGGUACGGAACAAAGCGCAGAGCAGGAUACUCGGCGAAAAUACAUCAUUGCAUCCGGUUUUCUCCUACUGAGUUUAGCAAGUUUCGUGAUACAGACCGAGACUGCCGUAUAUAUCGCGGGUGAACUGGGCUGGGAUAAGCCCUUCUGUAUGCUUUACUUUACACACGGUUCGUGGUCCCUUCUCUGGCCAGUCCAACUCCUUAUUCUACGGAUACAGAAGAGGAAACUCUCCUGGGGCGCAUUCUGGCGACGUCAUGUCUUCCUCCUCCGAACGACCGCACAGAUGGUCGAGUCUCAAGAUAUGCACGUAGCCUCCCGCCGUUCCCCGAUCCCGUACAUGCUCAAGACUACAGCCUUCGUGACAAUGGCCCUCACAGUUGCUGGCGGAUCGUGGUAUCUGGCUGUCAAUAUGACGACCGCGAGCGACUUGACCGCCAUCUACAAUUGCUCCGCCUUCUUUGCUUAUGCGUUCUCCAUCCCGCUCCUCAAAGACAAACUUCGCUUCGAUAAGGUAUUUGCCGUAAUUGUGGCCAUUGUGGGUGUUCUCGUGGUGGCAUAUGGAGAUAGAGACGAAGACAAGCAUGCGGAUGGCACCCCGGGUAAAGGAGAAGGUCAAGUAAACAAUAGGCUCUUGGGCAAUCUUAUCAUCGGUAUCGGUAGUAUACUCUACGGUCUGUACGAGGUACUAUAUAAGAAGUACGCCUGCCCGCCGGAAGGCACCAGUGCCGGACGCAGCAUGAUCUUCGCAAACACCUUCGGCAGUCUGAUCGGAUGCUUUACUCUCUUCGUGCUCUGGAUCCCCCUGCCGGUCCUCCACAUCCUAGGCUGGGAAACCUUCCGUUGGCCCACCGGAGAAACCGCCUGGAUGCUCCUCAUCUCCGUCUGUGCCAAUGCCACCUUCUCGGGAUCCUUCCUAGUCCUCAUCUCCCUCACCUCCCCGGUCCUCUCCUCCGUCGCCUCUCUCCUCACCAUCUUCCUCGUCGCCAUCGUCGACUGGCUCCGAACCGGCCAACCCCUCUCCAAAUCCUCCAUCAUCGGCGGCAUCCUCAUCAUCGCAGCCUUCUUCCUGCUGAGCUGGAGUACCUACCGCGAAAUGAACGAGGAGAGGAAAAAGUCCAUCGAAAACGAACAAGUCGAAUCCGACAGCGACGACUAGAAUUCACUUGAUAUCUAUCUCGUUAAUUAACCGGAUCCAUGAUCCGGUUAUGUUAGUCGUUGCUUAUCAUUUCGGAUAUUUUUUUUUUUUUUUACCUGAAAAGCCCCGGGUCUGUUUAUAUCUUACCUUUACCUUCCUUUCUUACUUUUCUUUUUAUAUGUUUAUUACCAUUCAUUGCUUGAGUUAUAUUAUAGACUUGGUCACUGUCUUUUUGUUACAUGGCGGUGUUGAUUUAGAGUGUUCGUGGUUUACCCUAUUUUUUUUUGGUUUGGUCAAUGUACAUUUUUACUUCCAUUCUUGGUCUUGUACUUUUGGUUCCUUUCUUGUUGGUUAUGGGAUACAGUGCUGUGUUCGGGGUAUAGGAGUAGGGGAGUCUUGAAAACUUCUCUACUUGACACUUCUCUCCCUUGCCGGGGGGUGCAAACUAUGCAAUAUUCAUACUACUUCUCUACAUUCGACGAUGGGUUGCGGGGGAAUCUGUGCAAAGGCUCCGCAGGGUCGAUCAAGUUGGCUUGGUUUCUCUAUACUAGGUACAAGAACAG